AUGGAGAAAAACCUGCAGCUAAGAAGCUGCGAACACUGCCGCCCAUUGGAGAAGUUGCUGAUGGACAGCAACAUGUUUUCAUUUCUUUACAGGGAUAUGCUGAGAAGGCGAGCCAAGGAAAAGAACUUGACCCUCAUCUUUGAUGAAGCUCACACGCUGUUUUCCUCAGAAUUCAUGUGGACACCACCGCUGCCCUUCACCCCAGAGCUGAAGACACAGCUGGAGGACAGUGGCAUCAAGCUGGACCAGAAGAGCAUCGAGUUCUUCGCAAUAUGGAAGAAGUUGAACUACCGUGCCCUCGAAUUCCACAGCUCAUGUACUGGUGAAGGCAAGCCCGAUUGCGCCGUGCAGAUCGAGAAGGAGACUUUUGUCUUGGAGGGUGUGAUGCAUGUCCGCGGGCAGGGACAAAUCAAUCAGCACCUUCAGCGCUUCAACAACAUGGUCAACUACAAGAACGCCAAGCACCAGGGUCUCUACAUCAUCGGCAACGACAGCGACAAGAUGCUCAAGACCUUGAAAAACACUAAAGCCGGUAAGGUUCAACUGAUAGGCUUAGUCCCCAACAUCGCCCACACCGCGUACACUGUCCACGUCAAGAGUGAGGGCAUCGAAGGCAUCAACACCUGCAACGUGGACUGCGACCUUGUGGCAAGAAGGUUGGUGCUCAAAGACGAUGGCAAACCUGAGCUCCACAGCGUGCAGUCGCUCAAGAGCAUCAACCUGUCUCCAAAAGCUGAGACCAGUCAGCCUGCGAAGACAGAGAUGGUCUGGGUGCGAGAGUUGAAGGAGGAGAACGGCGAGUACAAGCUGGUGGGCAAUGCCCUUCCAACCGAGCCUGUGCCGAAGAACAUCGGCUUCCUGAAGGAGGUCAUCAAGGAGAAGGCGCAGUUGCAACCGCCUGCUCACACUCUCACCGUCUACCACCUCACCGAAGGCACGUGGCAGGAGGAAGAACCCGACGCCCAAGUCACAGGAGGUAGGACCAAAGACAAGGCUUACGGCUAUCUUGUACCAUAGCAAUAUGGUUUCUUGCACUUUGCACUUCAAGUUUCAAGUUUCACUCAGAACAGCGCGUUUCGAUACACAUUCGCAGGGGUGGUUGGCAGACGAUGCUUUUGCUUGAGCAUGAACAUGGCAAAAGCAGAACAAUUGAUGUUGUAAGACCAACCCCACUCGGAUUGAAGCAGUCAAGUUUCACCCAGCACAGCCAGCACAGAGUUCUGUGAACUCUUUUUCUGCAAGAUGGAUGAAGUGUACUCCGAAUUUUGCACGUCAACAAUACAGAGUUUGCAGACACAGAUACGCUAUGAAGAAGAGGUGGCA